AAUUUUGUUGCGAUUGUCAUUUGUCUUUUAUUCAACCAAAUUGUGUUCUAUUGCACAUGUUCAUCGAUUUUUGUGAAAUUUAGGAAAAGUAAACAGAGUUUCCUAAUAAAAUGGGUGCCAUAGCGAGCCGAUACCGUGUUUCUAACUCGGCAUUAUCUAGCACUGAUAUAAAAAACAUAGAAGAUGCUAACAAACGUGAAAACCCUGGCACUUUAGAUGAAUUACACAAAAAGACCAAAGAUGUAAUGCCAGUGAACUUUGAGGGAGGUAAACUGAUGGUUAAUAAGGGCAUAUCAAACCAUUUUCAGAUGUCACAUACUUUAACUAUGAGUACAGCUCAAAAUGGGUACAAGCUUGGUGCAACGUACAUUGGCACCAAGCAAAUAUCACCAACAGAGGCAUUUCCUGUGGUUCUAGGUGAUGUAGAUCCAUCCGGCAAUGUUAACUUUAACUUUAUACAUCAGUUAUCACCUGAUGUACGAGUUAAGGCAGCUGCACAGAUACAAGAAUGCAAAUUAACAGCUACUCAAGGUACUUUUGAAUACAAAGGUUCAGAUUACACUUUGGCUAUGGCAGUUGGAAAACCUGACUUUAGUGAGAAGUCUUCUGUUUUUGUAGGACACUACUUACAGUCAGUGACUAAACGGCUUGCAUUGGGAGCAGAGCUAGUCUAUCAAUCAAGUGCACGUGUCAUGGGUGGAGAGAUAGCAAUCGCGUCUGCUGCUGCUAGAUAUACUAUGGAUGAUUCAGAAGUAUCAGCUACAUUAGGACCAGCCAGUUUCCAUGUGUGCUACUUUAAACAAGCCAGUGAACAACUACAGGUGGUGGCUGAAAUGGAUACCUCAUUCAGAGGAAUGGAGUCGGUAGGCACUAUAGGCUACCAAGUAACUAUACCUAAAGCAGAACUUGUAUUUAGAGGUAUGGUAGACUCAAACUGGAACAUAGGAGCUGUGUUGGAGAAGAAAUUACAGCCAUUACCAUUCACAUUUGCCCUCUCUGGUAUGGCCAACCAAGCCAAACAACAAUUCAAGUUUGGCUGUGGUCUUAUCAUUGGCUAGUGUUUGUGAUAGUGAAAUAUUAGUGUUAGUGAAGUGUGAAAGUGAGAGGUAUGUUGCUCAUAACCAAAUACAGUGCUUUGACAAAUGUUUAUUUGCCAUUAUAAUAGUGAUCCAAAACAACCUAAUGGAGAAAAUUAUGAUAUAUACUAAAGAUAUAUUAUAAAACUUUUAAAAUGGUCAUUGGUCAGGUUUAAGUAUUUAAUUUUUUAAUGUUAUAAAUAUGUAUAUUAUUAUUACAUAUUACUAUUAGUCACACUAUAUAAUGAAUAUCUUUAUCAUCCAUUUUUAAGCUGUAUUGAAAUAUCAAGUGUAGAAUUACAUUGAUUUUAGACGCUAUUUGACAAGUAUUUAGUAUAAAAUAUAACUGAUGAAUUUUUAUUAGUAUUAAAUAAUGUUUUACACAAAAAUAACCUUACAAAAAAGACCUGACCAUUAUAGAAAACAAUUUCAAAAAAGCAAUUGUAUUAUUGAAGAAUAUGUAAAUAAUACUUGCUACAUCUUGACAAAGGAUAAAUUACUUGAAUACUGUCUGCCUUCAAGAAUGUAACUAAACAUUGGGAUUAAUGUUGUUUAUGCAUAUAAUUCAGCACCCUUCAACUGUUUUCCAGAAUAGCAUUUAUCAUCGGUCACUCAACUAACAUUUAAUAAUCAGUAUUUAUUUCUGUAUUUGCAAAAAAAAUACCACAACUUAAUCAGGUAAUUGACAAUUUAGCAAUAAAAUAUAACCUAGGUUUAAAUAUUUUUUUUAGUAAAGCACGGCUUUGAUGAUUAAAAAUAUAACACAGUACUAUAAAGGUAUAUAAAAUGUUUUUCCCAUACUAAAUUACCUUUAUUACAAUGCCUUAAUUUUGUAUUCUCACGCUAUGUAAAUUUGUCACUGAAGUCAAAUAAUAUUAAGGCACUUGGUAUAAACAUUCCCAUUUUCAAAUUGAUAUAUUAUUUUUCAUCUGCUUCAUUUUAAAUGCAUUUAGGUUUCGUAAAUUGGUCAGAAAAAAAGACUGUGCUAUUCCUAAGUUGAAGUGACCGUGUAUAGUGACAUCUUGGGUUUCUGUACAUUGUAUGAAUGUAGAUAAUAUAUGGCAUGUUGUAAAUAGAGCCUCUUGUUGAACUGUUUAUUUUAAAUAGAAUUAUGUUAAUAAAUGGUUAUUUUAUUGUAUAAGAGUAUGUGUCGACACUGUUUUCCGCGCCGCCGCCAUAUCAGAUUUUUUUUAUCAGGGCGCAAGGUGCGUUCCAGUAUAAGGCUUUUAUUAAUAGACUUUCGAUUUGAUUUGUCUUUGAUAAAUGAUAAUCUAUGGAAAAAUAUUUUGGUAUAUUGUGAUCAGUUUUUUAUGGAUCAUAAUUUAACGACAACUAACUAUAUCGCAAGAUACACAUACAUGUACAUUUAAUAAAGUUUCAUCUAGUCGUGUCUCUUA